AUGGAGUGUUGGCAGAUUGAUGGAUUUCCUAUUGGAGGAAGGCUGUGCUUCAAACACAGGAAAUUGAUUCUUCCAAUGAUUGAUGUUGAAACGUUUACUCAUCCUAAUUAUAACCCAUAUGAUACUUCGUUCGAGAUCGAUGACAGUCGUGAUCGUAGGAAUAAAAUUUUGGAUGAAGCUAACCUCAGUUUUAGUAAAAGUGGUAUUCGUCGCUUUCUAUCGAAACUACAACGUGAUACUCAUAUUUUGCAAGGUAAACUCGCUGAAACUUUGGCACCUAGCGAAGGUAAUGCACUCCCGAGAAAGCACCAACUCGAUCAACGUCCUCUUCAAGAUGAUUAUGGCACACACAUGGAAAAUAACGAAGUGAUAGAAAAUAUCAAGAAAAUUAUGACCAAUGCGUAG